AUGUCUCAAAGGGGACUUGGCCCUCUCCCGCCCUCUCGUUUCUCCUCGAGAUCUCCUGUCAGCAAUGAACAGUUCUCUCAGUUUGAUUCGCAGCGGUAUGAACCAUCUGGACUAUCCCCUGAGGUCGGCCGUGCUGCUCAGCAUUCGGCCAAGUCAUUCGGAGUCCACAACAUUCUGAAUCCCUCCGACUCGCACUCCAUGGGCCCCGACAAUAGCGGACGACCACCUUCGCGAGCAAGGGAAGCCGAGGCUUUCCAACCAGCAUCUUCAACUCCUUAUGGCAUUCCGCGUCCCUACCUUCAUGGCCAUGCUGCUACCAGUUCUCUCCCAGCGACUCCAGUUGCUGCAGGUGUUACGCCUACAGGCAGACCUCCGAUAUCCGAACGAAACUCUCCUUCAUCGGCAUACCCUUUCCCCGUAAUGAACCCCCAGAGGAAGAUACUCAGUCCCAAACCCCCCCGGGCUUUGAGUCUUGGUCAGGCUCUUCCUCCUCGGGACCUCGAUCCGCGACAAUCCUUGGCUCCCAGUAUGGCUUCCGCAAAACGACCUUACGAACCAGAUACUCCCGAUGAGCCCAGGCACGCUCCCGGACUUCAUCAAUCAGGCAUUGCCUCUGGCCAGAACACUCCAAUGGUGACCCCACCAAGAGAUUUUUCUCAGCCUUUAGCCCGUCCCUUGGAUACUCCUCAAGUACAACCGCCGACAAUCCCCCCGCCGGGAGAUCUUCAGAGUCGACCACAUGGAUUACAUACACCGUCACAGUUCCAACACGGAAUCACCGGGUUGUCCACAAGCCGGCCGAUUUCGAGAAUGGGAGGUCCGACCGAGGGAACACCACCAUGGCCAGAGAUGUUGCGUCGACAGGGAAGCUCGUUUGUUGGGAUGGAAUCUCAACAAGCCUACAUGACUCUUCCGGGCAGCGACACACCUAUCCCUGUUCAAGUAGACUACUCCCAAGCAUCAAAGAAGGCAGACGAAAAGAGGCAGCGAAAUGCAAAGGCAUCGACCCGCCACCGCCGGAAGAAGAAGACACUACAGGAGGAAAACAUGAAGCAGCUGCAGGAGCUUAAAGAAGAGCGACAGCAGAUGCUACAACGACUCGAGGAGCUCGAAGCCCAUAGGGACUUUUACAGGGACGAACGCAAUCGGCUCAGAGAAAUCGUAGCCCGAACACCCACUAUAAGUAAUCAUGCUGCCGGACCACAAAGCCCUAUUUUGUCGAAGGGCAUCAGCUUUGCGGAUCGAAGCCCCUUGAUGCAAUCCCACCACAUUCCAACUCCCACUCAAGGUUACGUGAGCGAGGUGUCAUCGGCGGAGCGGCCCGGACCGGUUCGACGCACAGACGAUCGUCCCGAUUUCUCACCUCCGGUAUAUGGUGCUUUGUCCGGCGGUCCGACGCACGGCCUCCCGUCGAUGCACAGUCCGGCUUAUGGAGUGCCGCCGCCGCGACCCUCGUCAGCUACUUCGUCAGCGAGCGGAGAACGAUUGCCUCCUCUGCGGGUAAUGGAAGGUCCUCCUCCUCUCAUGCAUGGGUUGGGUCACGGACAACCUCAAGAACAGGAUCUGAGGACUGGUCAGUGGAGGGCAGCUCAUUCAACCCACUUCGAAACUGGCUGGGCAACCGCACCGCGAAAGCACCAAGACCACUGGUAG